UAAGAUAUUUAUAUAUACAAAUAGUUUAAUACCAUUGAGCCAAGAUAUAAUAAUUCUAACAUGAAAAUAUCUUCGUGUCUAUGUUGGCAACAGGAAAAAAAUGCUUUACCUUUAGGGGCGUGCUUUGUGAUUGAGGUUGCCAGAUAAGUAAAAACGAGAUUUCUGUUAACUGUUUCAAAAGGGAAUAAGACGCAUUGAAAAUUUUCCCAUGUGUAUGAUACAAUUCCGCUACUUGUGCUACACACUUCAAACCUUUAAAUUCGACGCCGUAAGGAUUAAUCAUAUAAUGUUAUUUUGCGGCAUUUUGGGUCUAAAGAGGCAACCGAAAAAGCAAAACAGGAAGUGCCCACUGGCGGGAAUUACAUUCGACAUUAUGAAAGCGUCACGAACAAUACCGAUGACUUGACUUUACUCACAAGUUCGGUUAAGAUAAAUUCGGGGACAAACUUAAAAUUUUGCCGACGACAAACCAUUGAAAAGAAAAGCACGUUUAUCUCCACAGGUAAAUUAUGAGGGCGGAAAUAGAGAAAAUAGUUAGCCUGUCGGAUGGAGACAGUACAGCUGAACUUCAGAAAUACCUGACCUCUCUUACAAAUGACCAGCUGAUCACCGUCAUUACCAACUGUGCACUAAAGGGGAAGAAGGUCGGCUCUAUGAUAAAAGGCAUAUUUAAAGGCUCACCCUCCAACUCCACUGAGGGAUCAAACCGCAGACUCCUUGUUUAUCAGCACUGCAUCCCUCUGUGUGAAUCUGGGGAUCUUCAGACUGAGGUGGCAGCUGACAUCAUUGGACUACUGAUGCUGGAGACUCAUACACUUCCAGGACCCUGCCUUGCACAGCUGGCGUCCCUUUUCGUUGAAGCCAUUAAGAUGGGAAAAAUGGGCAGUGGGAAAUCUCUGGAGCUCUUUCCUACUGUGCUGACUGCCCUUUCAGCAUGUGAAGCCUUGUCUUAUGGCAAAGGUGAACUCAAUGGUGAGGAAUACAAGAAACAGCUGAUCAACAGCCUCUGCUCUAGCAGAUGGGACCCGCAAUGUGUCAUUCACCUCACAACAAUGUUCAGGGAUGUCCCCUUAUCAACAGAGGAGCUUCAGUUUGUUGUAGAGAAAGUCCUGAGGAUGUUUACUAAGCUGGAUCUGCAGGAGGUCCCUCCAUUGGUCUACCAGCUGCUGCUUUUAUCUGCUAAGGGAUGUAAGAAACAGAUCCUGGAUGGAAUAAUCAAUUAUUUUAAGGAGCAAGAUGCACGUCAGGAGGAAGAGCAGAAACACGGAGAGAGCUUAGAUCUUGAGGUUCAGUCCAUCCCACAAGACCAGUUAAGGCAUGUAGAGGGCACUGCUAUCCUCCACAUCGUAUUUGCUGUACGGCUUGAUCACGAACUUGGGAGAGAAUUUCUUAAAAGCAUUAAGACAUCAUAUGGGGACCUGUGCCCGUUCAGUGUUGCCCUGCUGCUUUCAGUGGCACGAAUCCAGCGUUAUGAAGAACAGGUGUUUGACCUUUUGAAGGGUGCUGUCAUCAAGAGCUUUAAGGAUGAGCAACUGCAGCAGGGAUCAAAGUUCCUGCAGGACCUCCUGCCUGUACACUGCAGUGUGGCUCAGAUGAUACAGGAUACAGUCAAGAACAGUGUGUUUGGUUGGGACCAUGUGACCCAGGGUCUAGUGCAGCUGGGCUUCUUCCUCAUGGAUAACUUUGGACCCAAACCUGGACCUUUUGGAAAGACCACAGAAGGCUCUGCUUCCAUAGCCCGGACCCCCGCUCAACAGGCAUGUAAGCUUGGUGGACAGGUGCUCCUGCAGGGCUUCAAGAUGCACGAGCCAAUCAGAGGAGAGAUACUGGAGCAAGUCUUGAAUCGAUUGGUUACAAAGACAGCCUCUCCUGUUAGCCAUUACUUAGACCUUUUCACUGACAUUGUCAUCUCUGCUCCCAUGAUCCUCCUGGAGUCAUCCUCAAAAGUGACAGAGACGUUUGACCACCUGUCCUACCUGCCGCUGGCCACAGUUCAGGGUCUCCUUAAAGCAGUUCAGCCCCUGCUUAAGGUCAGCAUGUCCUUGAAAGAUGCUUUGAUUCUUGUUCUCCGUAAGGCCAUGUUCUCCAGUCAGCUGGAUGGCAGGAAGUCUGCAGUGACUGGCUUUUUGUUGCUGUUGAAGAACUUCAAAGUGUUGGGCAGUCUGGCCUCCAGCCAGUGCAGCCAGGCAAUUUCCUCUAGCCAGAUUCAAGUGGACGUUCAUUCUCGUUACAACUCUGCUGCUAAUGAAGCAUUUUGUCUGGAGAUCCUCAGCAGCCUGCGUCGCUGCCUCAGCCAGCAGGCUGACGUUCGCCUCAUGCUCUACGAAGGUUUUUAUGAUGUUCUUCGUCGCAACUCUCAACUUGCAGGCUCAAUCAUGCAGACCCUCUUCUCCCAGCUGAAGCGAUACUAUGAGCCUGAACAAGACCUCCUUCCUCCUGUUAAACUGGAGCCAUGCAUCACUGCUCUCGGAGAUCAAGUCUACCUGCAGGAGCCUCUGGCCCAUCUGGUGAGCUGUACAGUACACUGCCUACAGUGGGUGCAGAACAUGCGGCGAUCAGUCCGCCGCAACGCUGAGGAAAGUGAUGACGACGACGAUGAUGAGGAGGAGGAGGAGGAGGGAUACCAGUCUGAACUGCAGGCAAUAUUGGAAAGUAUGAUGAGACGCAUGAUCAAGAGUGAGCUGGAGGACUUUGAACUGGACAAGUCGGCAGAAUUCUCCAUGGGAUCCAGCGUUGGGGUGAAGAAUAACAUCUACGCUGUGCUGGUGAUGGGCAUGUAUGAGGUCCUUAUGGAGUUCAGCUUUAAUAAAGCAAACUACAGUAAAAGCAACUUCGAGGAGCUCUUGGAGUUCUUCAACCGCUACAACAAACUGUCUGAGAUCCUGAAGGAAAAAUCUGGAAAGGGUCGAGUCCCUACGAAUAAGACUCCACGCAGUUUACUCUCUUUAGGCUUCAUAUCAACGCUACUCACUGUGCUCUUCAGAGACAGUACUCAGAGCAGAGAGGAGGCUCUGUCAGUGCUUCGCUCUAGUGGAGAGUUUGUGCGUUAUGCAGUCAGUGUUGCUGUACAGAAGAUCCAGCAGCUGGAGGAGACUGGACACACAGAUGGGCCUGACGGGCAGAACACGGAUAAAACUUUCCGGUUCCUCUGUGACAUGACAAGUGUGCUGAUGUGGCGUUACACCAACAUCCCCAGCGCUGUGGAGGAUGCUGGGAAGAAGGAGAAGCGCUCCAGCCUGUCCCUGAUGUGUCUGGAAGGUCUGCUGAGGAUAUUCACAACCUGUCAGCAGAGAUAUCCAGACAGGAUGCCCCAGCUCCUCUCAACUAUGGAAGUGUCAGAGGACAAUGAAGAGCCAGAGGAUGUCACAGAGAUGAACUUCUUUUACAUCAGACAGUUUCAGAGGGCGUUGUUCACCCAGCUAAGUGGAGGUGAGGAUGAAUUUAACAGCAAAGAGGCGCAGCUGCUGGUCAGCAUCCUGAGCGUGCUUUCACGUCAGCUCAAGCCAUCCUCUCAACAGUUUGUUCAGAUGAUCACAUGGACUGUCAAAGUCUGCAAGGAGACAAGCUUUGAGGAUUCAGCGUUUUCCAAGGGCCUGCUCUCUCUCCUCUUCAGCCUACAUGGCCUCUACAAGAGCCCAGUAAGGCUGCUCCUGGAGCUCUGCCAGGACAUCCACAGCCAACUGGGAGACAUUGAUCAGGAUGUGGAGGUGGAAAAACAGAACCACUUUGCCAUUAUCAACAUGAAAACUGCCUCCACAGCAGCCCUGCUGGUCCUGUCUCAGAUUGACCGGGUGCUCGAUGAAGUGGACUGGCUGAUUGCCAGAAAGAAAAGCCAGACACCCUCUGACAAAUCAGUUGAAUCCACUCAGACCGCAGACCAGCAGGAUCCGAUUGAGAAAGCUGUGACUCUGCAGCUUGGGACUCUUCUAACGGCAUUGAACGAGCUGGUGCAGACAGCUCUGCUGCCUGGCACCUGCACCAUUACACUGCUGAGAGAGCUGAGCCGCACCUACACCAUCCUCACUACGCUGGUCAAAUAUCACAUUCAAGUGUUUGCUAGCCUGCAUGGUGCUCUGCCAUCGCGCUUUGAGAAGCUGGUCAAACUCUCCGGCUCACAUCUAACACCACAGUGCUACUCCUUCAUCACAUACGCUCAGAGUGGAGAACUCAGUGGUGGUGGAGAUGAAAAGAAGAAAAAGAAAAGGAAUGAAGCAAACAAUGCUGCAUCUGCCAAACUUCUGCGUGAAACCAAGGCCAUCCCUAACUUGAUCUUCUGCAUUGAGCAAUACGAGAAAUUCCUCAUCACACUCUCAAAGAAGUCAAAGGUGAAUCUGAUGCAGUACAUGAAGCUGAGCACCUCCAGAGACUUCCGCAUCAAUGCAGCUACUCUGGAUGCAGCCCUACAGGAGCAGGACGAUGGUGAUGAGCCUGCUGAGUCACAGGAUGCAGAGGAGACACAAGAACCCAAACGGAAGAAGAAAAAACAGUGAUCUCCUGCUCCACCCCAAUGCACGGCAAUCUCUGGUCUUAGGCUGGUUCAGCUGCUGAGCCGCCUGUCGGCACUUCAGA